AUGUCCAACAUCCCGAUCGCCGACGACCUCGCGCAGGCAUUCAAGCAGGCGGACGAGUCGGUGCGUGCCAUCCUCGUCCAGAACGACGGUGGAUUCCUCAAACUCGUCGACACAGCCUCGCCUUCUUCCCCAGACGUGAGCGACAAGGAGGACUUUGUGCCGGUGCUAUCCAAGCUGUUUGCCAACGAUCCUCAGCGCAGCGGGUAUGCGUUGUAUCGUCUCGACAGCCAGUCAGCUUCGGGCGAGUGGGAGUGGCUCUGCUGUUCCUACCAGCCGGAUGGAGCCAAGAUCAAGGAGAAGAUGCAGUAUGCCAUCACGCGCUCUUCGCUCAUGGCCGGUCUCACCGAACGCAACUUCCUGGAGACCAUUUUUGGAGCUACACCCAGAGACUUUUUGUGGCCUACCAAGCUGCGUAAUAGCCGGAAGCAUGACUACCAGAAUCCUCAGCUCAAGACGGCGGGAAUGGCUGCAUCGGAGGCUGCGGGGACGGGCUCGGGCGGUGCAAAGAGGAACUUUGGCUCGGCUGGCAGGACGAACAACUUGAGGUCGGCGGAUGAAUCGUCGAACGAUACGCCCACGAAAGCAGCCGCUGCAGCCUCGAGCGACAACCCUUCCAAUCUAGGAUCCACCUCGGGCGUGACGGGCGUCAACAGCGUCGGCGCAAGCGGAGGCGCAUCUCCAGCGGCGGAACGUCCUGAACUUGUACCCGAGUCGGAACAACCCACGGUAGCGUCGGCACCCGUUCCGAAGAGGUACAAUUCUCACGAGUUCACUUCGGCCUUCAAGAGUCCCACACCGCCUGCGACCGACGCAAAGCUGGAAGAGGCUGCUCCCUUGUUAUCAUCACCUGUUGACAAGGAGGACAACGCCAAGCAAUUUGCUUCCGAGGUGAAAGCGCCGGCCGAGCCGACCACGCCACGCGCAGCCCAAGGGCAGUCAGACAGUCUUUCGCAGCCGACAGUGCCGUCCGACUCGACGCUCGCUGCAGCAGCCAAUGUGGCGUCGGCCGUUCAGAAAGACGAACCGGAAUCAAAGGUGACUACGGCCGAGCAGGAAUUUGUGGAGUCCAAGGCGCCUCAGGAGCCACCGACGCCAUCGGCCGAGACAUCAUCAACACCUCUCUCGCAGCCGACGUUGCCGACCUCGCUCGACCAGGCUAGUUUGGGAGAUGACGUGCCGCAAAAGAAUGCCGUCUCAAUUGAAAAGGGGUCGGGCCCUUCGACGAGUGGCCUCACGCAGCGCGAGGAGGAGCUAGCAGAACUGCGAAGGCUGCAAGCCACCGAGCGCGCUAGCACAAAUAGCAACAGCACGGGAAGCGGUGCCGGUGGACCCGCCGUCGGAUUCAAAUGGGGCGACGGGGUGCUAGAAGCCAUCCAGGGUCUCGCUUCCACCGCCUCUGGAACUUCAGAGUGGAACCUGGUGGUGUUGGCCAUCGAUCUGCGCAGCGAGACGGUGGAACUAGAAUCACCACCUCGCUUCGUCCCACCUGCCGACCUGCCGUCUGCGCUCAGUGCCAACGACCCUCGCAUCGCAUUCUACAGGCUGGACAACGUCUCGAUGCAGACGUCGGGGGAGAGUGUGGUGGCGAUGCUCUACUGCUGUCCAGCCUCGAGCGGUGUCAAGGCGAGGAUGGUGUAUUCGAGCAACGUGUUGAUCAUCAUGAACCACGUCAAGGGUUUCUCGGGUAUGCGCGUGGUCAAGAAGCUCGAGGCGUCGGAUAGGGAUGAGUUGACGCAUGCGCUUGUGGAGGGUGAAGUGGAGGAGAUUUUGAAGCAGGAGAGACACAAGUUUGCGGGUACGGGGUUUGAAGAGGUUCCGCAGACGGUGAUCAAGGAGGGUGGAUUUGCGAGGCCGAGAAAGGCGGGUGCGAGUAGUCGGCAUUGA